UACAUUUCUCCUCGCCAAAUGUUACAGGCGUUUUUCGUAGCGGUGAGACGCUCUCGGGCGAAUUGCGAUUUGUGCUUACCAGACAAAUACGUUUUCGGGAAAUAUCAAUGACCAUCAAAGGCAAAGCGAAAGUGUCGUGGGAUACCAGGGAUACCAGGGGAGAAAGGGAACAGCACAGAGGAGACGGGAUCUACUAUCUUCGGGAGGAAGCUGUUGUCCUACAAGCACGUCGUUCUAAACACGUUCUGAAACCGGGAGUUCAUGUAUACCCCUUCCUCUGCAAACUACCCAGUGGAAAUUUCCCUUCCACUUUUCAGACGGGUACCGGAAAGGUCUCAUAUUCAGUAAUCUUUGUGAUUCGCCGAUUUAAAUAUCUAACAAAAACCCUUGAAUCAGAAUUCCCGUUUGAGCGCUUGGUCAAUGUCAAUGUUCCUGAGCUUUUGAGGCCACUGUCGUCCACCAAAAGUAGGCACCUCAUCUGCUUCUGGGGCGUAUCAGGGGAUGUAUCUAUGGAUGUGUCGGUGGAUAAAAAAGGCUUUGUUCCUGGGGAAACUAUAAGAAUUAAAACAAAACUUGGAAACAAUACUUCCUCAACGGCUGUGGCCUCAGCUGAGCUAAAAAGAAAAAUUAUAUACUACACUAAUGGCAGACUCGCUCAGAAGAGCGAAUCCACACAGGUGAAAUGUGUUGUGGGAGAACAUGUUCAGCCCAACACCUCAGAGUUUCAUGGGGAAAUCAAGCUUUGUGUCCCUAAGGAUGUUUACAUCACCCUGAAAGACUGUGAGGUCCUGGAUAUCGAAUACUCACUUGAGGUGAAUCUGAGUGUAAAUGCAUUCGCCGCACUGACGGCUAUCCUGCCCAUUGUGAUCGGCAACUCUCCUGAGCCUGAAACGCCUGAAACCAACUGA